AUGUCAUCGACAGCUCUCUCUCCCGUACCGUCCUACGAUAUCUCAAACCUAUCCGACGAGCGUUCCAGGACCCUGCAUGCUUUGCUUCAGCAAGGCCAUGGGGAAGUUGCCCUACUGCUUGGACCAAAGCUCCUCUUUCACAGUCAUGUUCCCCAUAAACUGGGAUCCGCCUACUGUCUUGGUGCCUCUGUCGACCAGAUGAGGGAGAUGUAUCAGACUGAAACGGUGGGACUAAACUACGAGAAAAAAGAAGAUAAUGAUCUCUUUACCCGGGAGGCUGUUACUCGUGAGAGUUGGCAGGGCUUGAUAAAUAACAAGACCUAUACCCUCUCUUUCACCGAAUUCUUUGAUCAAGAAGUCUCCCAGAGCAAUGGAGACUGGAAAUCAGUGGUCAAUCAAUAUCUCUUUGACUCAUCCAAUCCAUUGAUCAAUGGAUUUAUCGGUGGCUUGGGUCAUCCCUUGAUCCAUCUCGCCUACGCCUACGAGCUCCAAUGUCCUCAGGUGGCAACUGAAGCACUCAGUCUGGCCUGCACAGAGCGGGACUAUACGUUCAGAUUCAUGGACCUGCCACCCUCGGGUGUGAAUUCCUCCCUCAAGGAGAUCUUGACGAAAGUCCACGUCGACCCCCGCUUCGACAAUCUGUUCGAUCUCCCCGGCUACGCCAACAUCUUCGCCGUCUUUGGUGCAGCAGAAUCCGCUCUCUUGGAGCACUGGCAGGCCUGGGAGGUCAGCGAUCCGGACCGCCAACUGGAGGAAAUUCUCGACCUGGCGGUCUUGCUAACCAUCUCGACCCCAACCCCGGAACAUGAAUACGACUUUUAUUUUGCCCAUAUGUUGACGGUGGGACACGCUAUCCGAGUGCUUCUGCCUCACUUUCCGUCGGAGUGGGUAACUCCUGUGAUCCGGCAAUAUUGGAUGUUUGUGUUGUAUCUGUAUAUUGCCCAGUUGAGGCCGGAUAUUUCCCAUCUGACGUUGCCGUCGGUCGUGGAAAACGAGAAGGAUUGGGAUUAUGUGACGGCCCAGGCUUUUGUUGGGGAGUUUGGGUAUGACUCCCAUCGUCUGAAGGUUUUGAGGGCUUUGAAGGUUGCCGAGGAAACUUGGGGCUGGAAGAAUGGUCAGUAUCUGGCGAGUGCCGUUCAAUUUCUUCAGGAUUUUAAUGGGUGGACGGGCUUUGGGAUGGGAGUUGAUGGGGUUGAAUAG